AUCUCCAAGUGUGUACAUCAGGGUGAUUAUUUUAUUUUUCCGCUAUUUUUUUUUUUUUCGUAUGUGAUAUAAUUACAAAUCCAUUUGGAUUUCUUUCAUGAAGAUCAAGUGAGAAAAGUACAAACGUCUAUGCAACUUCAAAUGAAUGACUGAACUUUAAUAAUCAAGAAAUCUUUCAUACAUAACAGAAUAAAGAAAAAUGUAAUUCACUUAAUAAUUUAUCAUACUGUAAACUAUUUCGUGGAACAUACUUUUAAUGGUGAUAUGAAUUUACUUAUUAUUAAAAAAAAUUUCUGCUUCGAAUGGAAUCGCUAAAUUAAUUUACUGAUGAUAUACAAUUUGAACAAUACGAUUAUUAUUUAAAUCAACUACACUGACUUGAAUUACAUUUUGCAAAAAUUACAAUCAAAAAGAAUAUUUCAUAAAUGGACGCUGCAUUUAUUUGGAAUUUAUCUAAACUUGGACGCAUUGGAUCUAGACGUUUACAAUUUGAUGAUGAUUUUGCCGAUCGAUUGAAUUAUCAAUAUACAAGUGUUUUAUUAUUUUUAUUUAUCGGUCUUAUUGGUGUACGUCAAUAUGUUGGUAAACCUAUUCAGUGUUGGAUACCUCAAGAAUUUACAAGAGGAUGGGAAGAAUACGCCGAAAAUUAUUGUUGGGUAGCAAAUACAUAUUUUGCACCAGUUGAAAAUCGAUUACCACCAGUUCCAGAUAGACGUGAAUCACUUCUAGUUUAUUAUCAAUGGGCACCAAUUGUAAUGGCUGCUCAAGCACUACUAUUCUAUUUACCAUGUUUAUUGUGGCGUUUAGGCAUGGCACAUUCUGGUUUUAAUUUGCAUCGUGUCUUACAAAUGGCGGCUGAAGCAAAUGAAAUGUUACCAGAAGCAACGGCUAAAACUGUUCGUAUUCUGUCAUACUAUAUGAAAAGUUGUAUACAACGACAGAGAUUGUAUAAAUAUACUAAUCAAUACAAAAAUUUCGGACUUUACAACCGAUUGGAAAAUGAGACUAUAAUUGAAGAAGACCAAUUAUUCAAUACAUGUACAUUAGAUAAUGAAGGUAAAACAUUAAGAAAUAUGAAUACUGGUCGAUUGUAUUCAUCAAAUCAUGUUUGUUCAAAAGAUGUGAUUGAAGCAGAAAAUUCUUGUCGUGUAAUUUCAAAACCAUUAAAUGGUAAACCGAUUAGUACAGUAAAAUUACCAAAUGAACAUAUUAUUUGUAAUGAAAGUACAGAACAUUCUAUGAGUUCUAAUUCAUCUUUAGAAAAUUUACGUAAAGGACGUGGACGAAAACCAGCUCCUCCACCUCCACCAAAAAUCAAGAACACUUCAGCUAAUUCAAUUCAUGAUCAUCAAAGGUCACAAUUAGAAGCACAAAAUAUUAAACCUUUAGAAAAUAUCAGCAGUUUUCAAGAGAGUGGAAAGAUAUCAACUUCUAAAGUUUUAACUGAAAAUGGAAACUUAAGCCAGACUACCAAAAGUCUUGGUAAAAAGGAUGGGAAAUUAUCAUCUUUAACAACUUUCAGAUGUCGGUUUUUAUGGUGUGGUAAAAAACAUGGAAAUUUUCUUGUUACACUUUAUAUGUUUGUGAAAUUUAGCUAUCUAUCAAAUGUUAUUGGACAAAUUUAUUUAAUGCAACAUUUCAUUGGUACAAAAUAUACAUUAUAUGGUGCUCAAGUAUUAGUCGAUUUAAUAAAAGGUCAAGAAUGGCAUCAUUCAGGUCAUUUUCCACGAGUUACAUUUUGUGACUUAGAAGCAAAGAAAUUAGGCAAAAAUCAUGUCUAUACCCUUCAAUGUGUUCUACCAUUGAAUAUGUUCUUGGAGAAAAUUUAUAUCUUUUUAUGGUUUUGGCAUGUAUUAAUUGCUUGUAUUAAUUUAAUUAGUUUUCUGAUAUGGAUUUAUCGAAUAUUUUUACCAAAAUCAAGAAUGAAAUUUAUUAUUGAUUAUUUAAAAGUAUUAAAUUUAAUUCCAAUUAAUAAUCAAUUAAAAAUCGAUAAUAAAAUUAAUGAAUUUGUGAAUUAUUAUUUAGGUUUAGAUGGUUUAUUUGUAAUACGUUUAAUUACAUCUAAUUGUGGUAUUUUAUUAGCUAGUGAAUUAACAGCAGAAUUAUGGAAAAGUUAUCAAAAUUUAUUUCUAGACCAACAUAUAACAUCGGAACCAACAUAUUUUUGUAUAAAUAAAACAAUCAAUUCUAUAAAGAAUCAUAAAGAUCAUUCAUCCAUUCAUAGAAAACAAUUUCCAAUCAUUUCAAAUAGUUCAAUACCUAAUACAAUAAAUCCAUAUUAUUGGACAAAACAAUCAAAGAGUAAUCAUGAUGAUGAUGAUCAUGAUGGUGAUGGUGAUGAUGUAAUUAAUUCUAUUCAUAAAGAUUCUAUUAAAUAUAAUCAUCAAUCAAUUCAUGUGAUAAAUGAUCCUAUUUUAAGUAGUUGUUCACCAAUUACACCAAUUAGUCACAUGUCAACUAUUAAUCAUAAUAAGCUAAAAUCAACUCAAACACAUCGAUCACAUCUUGGACGAUUAGGUAAUUCAUCAGAUGAUAUUGUUUAAAGUAGAAAAAAAAACACGGUUAUUUUAUUAAUUUUUGUUAAAAUAUAAUUCACCUCAGAAAAAAAAAUGAAACUUACAUAAUGUGGGAAUGUGUACUAUUCACUUGUCAAGUACAAUUGAACACAAUCAAUAAUGAAUUCAUAUUGUUGGUUUUCGUGAAAAUAUAGUGAUUCUUUUCUCCUUUUUUUUGGUGUCUUGUUUUAUGUGGUUGGUUACAUGAGGAUUGGAUUGUAUUAUUGAUCUGUUUAGUUUCAUUGUUAGUGAUUUAUUCAUUUUUAUUUAAACAAAGAAUACAAUAAUCGUCUAUUUCAAAUUAAAAUAGAACAGAAGUGUAUGAAUGUAUACAAAAAAUAUUUUUUAUGAAAAUCUCUAUUAAAAUUCAUUUUAACAUACCUAUACUACUGAUAAGUAUACUACUAUUAACAUUAUUAUUAUUAGCCUCAUUUAAAAGAAAUGAAACAUGUUAGAUUUUUAUUGUUUAGCUUAACUAUUCAAAUAUCAUAAAGAAUAUAAAACACCAUUAUAAUAAUUAUGAACUUAUUUUUGAAGUGUUUCAUGUCAUGAUUAGUUUAAUAUUCAAUU